ACAUGUCACGUUUGAACAGUUUUUAAUCCUUUGAUCGCGAAUGCUACUCCAAACCAAAGCCCUGUCGAUGCCACGACUGAAAGACCCAUGCAUUGGAUGAUGUGCUGCUGACUCCUUCACAUUGGGAACCUGUCAAGGAAUCAGAAAAAAGUCAAUCAAUGAAGAUUCUUGGCCAUUUCCUGAAGAAAGAAGUGCUUAUGCUGCAGUGUCUAUGUGGAAAGCGCCUGAAACAGAGCAAGAAUUCAAGUGAACCCCAGCUGAAAGGAAUUGUGACAAGGUUAUUCAGCCAGCAGGGAUACUUCCUGCAGAUGCACCCAGAUGGCAGCACUUGAUGGCACUAAGGACGAAACAGCGACUACACCCUCUUCAAUUUAAUUCUGUGGGUCUCCGAGUGGUUGCAAUACAAAGGAGUCAAGGCAGGACUCUACGUGGCGAUGAAUGGCGAAGGAUUUCUCUACAGCUCAGAUGUUUUUACACCAGAAUGCAAAUUUAAAGAGUCUGUCUUUGAGAAUUACUACGUCAUCUAUUCCUCAACAAUCUAUCGGCAGCAGGAAUCUGGCCGUCAGUGGUUCUUAGGACUCAGUAAAGAAGGACAGAUCAUGAAAGGGAAUCGAGUGAAAAAGACCAAACCAUCAUCACAUUUUGUACCAAGACCUAUAGAAGUGUGCAUGUACAGAGAGCCAUCGCUGCAUGAAAUUGGAGAGAAGCAAGGACGUUCAAGAAAAAGUUCAGGGACACCAACCAUGAAUGGUGGAAAAGUUGUUAAUCAAGAAUCAACAUAGCCAAAAUCCUGCCCUGUCCUGAGAGUGAACCCUCUGGAAAGUCAGAAAUAAUACAUAUAAACUGACACAAAAGGUUUCCGCUGACUACUUUUUUGAAGUCAAGUUUUCUUCUUUGGAUAGAACAAAGAAAUGGAAAUUGAAUUGCCUCUGCAAUGUUUAAACCAGUCAGAAGAAAAUAAAACCUGAAGAAAACUCCUCAAAUCUGGACUCCAUUCAUGUUUUCUGAGAAGUUUGCUGUGUGAUCAAAUAAGUUCCCAUCUCUGCAUAAAAAUAUACAAUAAAGAUGUUACC